UGGUGCAAGAAAGAAGCAUUUUGUUCUCUGUUGACUCCAGGAGCGAGAGGCAAAGAGUCUGUGCGACGAGACUCGCUCGACAGAAACUGUCCAGUUGACGUUGGAUUGUUGGUACACUCGAAGCCCCCGGGGGAGGAAAGCCCAGAGCGCGACUGAGAAGCAGAGACACCGGAGAGAAAAAGGGGAUUUCGUUUCGUUUCUUGCGCCGAGGAGAGGAAAUUCGGCAGGACAGAGACCGCGCGCGGCUCUAGAGAAGUUGACAGCGACACAGCAGCCUUCGUUGCCGCGCAACUGCCGAGCAAAGUCUGUGGGCGAGCGAAGAAAAGCACAGAGGCAGGAGACACAGGGCGACUUGUUGCUGCGAAUCGGCGCGAGUGUACUAGCAAACGUCCGAGUACAGCGUUGCUCCGUUUCGUCUCCUGGAAAAAUGCUCCAUCUCUGAAUAUCCUGCACAGAGGAAUGUCAAAAAAAUCACUGCCUUAAGCGCCUCUUGGAGUGCAUUUCCACCUGACGUCUCACGCUGAGCACAGAGAGACAGCUGUUCUGUCUGCAUCUGUCGCCCAUGUCGUUUGAAUCGAUUUUUCGCGGCCGUUCUUCUCGACGACGCUGUCCCACGCGUUCGACGUCGGGGGUCAACGGUUGAUCUGUCGUCGAUUCUGUGUUUUCUUCCUCGUUGAGUCCUUUUCUUACAUCUCUUUUCUUGCCUCUCCUGCACUAUCUCUGUUUUCAUAGGCUUCCUCAACCCAAUUUGGAGUCUCCACGACGCCUCUGCAGCUGCCGUGCGUCUUUUCUCACCCGCAACUACAGCAGGUGCCCUAUCGACCGCGACUUUUGGAGUCUAGCGUCGCUGGUCUUCUCGUUCGCGCCAUUUUUUGUGUCUUUCACUUCCCCUUCCUUCCUCUUCGUUUACUUCUGUUUUCGGAGACCCCGUAGGUUUUUCUUCUCUCCCUCGAGGAGCUUCCAUCGCUGCGUGAUCCUCAUCAACUUCCUCGUCUGACCAGGUUGCGUUCUUCCUUGGCAAUCUUUCUCGGCUUGCUACUUCGCCAAUCAUCUCUGGGGCAAGCUGAGGACUCGCGGAUCCCUCAGUGGACGAACAAACAAGGACUCGACUUCUUGCUUCUGAGUCUGAGGAAAGAUGGGGGACGAGGCGGGAGACGCAGCAUCGCUGCCGAAGAUGCUCUGGAAGCUUGAAGCCUUGCUGAUCUUCCCUUCAGAGACACCGCACUUGCCGCCUUCAGCUCAGAAGAAGCUCUUCGACGAAGCGACCUGGGUCUGGAGAGAGGCGAGGAACUCCGCGGGACACAGCGGGGAGGACGUCGCCCAAGAAGAAGACAACUUCACGUUUAUUGUCGAGAAGGAACUGGCGACCUUCGUCCAACUCGCUGCGGACCUGAAGCGUUGUCACUAUCGCUCGGUUCUCUUCGGUGCUUCUCCGCUGGCGUGUCUUCUGCGCCCUCUCCUCUGUUGUCACGAGGCGGACCCUCCCUCUCUCAGUGCGCUCGACACAGCUCUCCAGGAAUCCUGUGCUGCCUUUGUUUCCUCUCCGAGUUCGAGAGGAGCUAGCGGGAAGGGUGAAGGAGAAAACGGGAGAAACAAAGUCGACGAGGCUCUUCUUCAGAGUCUGAGACUGCGCCAUGUUCUCCUUGCCUCUGUCGCAGCGGCGCAACUCUUCCUGCAGGUCAACUGGACAGGACCUCCCAUCCGGGCCUUCCGCCCCUCCGAGCUCCUCGCAAUUCAGCGAGAAGAUGAGGGACGCGCCCGCUUCCCCGACCAUCCGUUUUACCAGCGACCCGCGGAGUCUUCCGAGGCGCCAGGAGUCGGUGAAGAGCGCGACGCGCCACCGCUGCAGCCGGAAGGCGACGCGAAGCCCCCACCUGAGUCGCGCAUGCGCCGCGGCUUCUCGCCGGUCUUCUCUGCCUCUACGGCCUGUCGCUACUGCGGUCGAUGCCGAGCGGCUGCGCCCGGCGCCGCGGCCGACGGCGCGGAACGCCAGAGUCACUCUGGAGCCGCAGACGACGCGCGGAACAUGUUGUGCUUCUGCGAGACGGAGCUCGAAGCGGUCUGCUGUCUCGGCCCUGCCGAUAUGCCUCUGACACCUCAGGGGCGCCACGACGCGCUUCUCCUGGUGGAUCCGACGAGACAGAACGCUCUUCAGAGACUCCACGGAGAAGCGAUGGAGGCCUUCAACGCAGACGGCGAGGAUGUCUACGAACUCGUUCGAGGGCUGCCGUAUCUGUGGCUUGCGUGUCGCCUCGCUGCGUGGCUGCGCGGUCACAGCGCCCGCCUCCUUUCUGCUUCGUCUGAUUCUGCCAUCUCCUGUGCUCCGGUUUUUCCAGUGUUUUCUUCUUUCUUGUGGAGCGCUCGACUCGCAAUGGUCUCUCAAAGAAUUCUGCGAGGGGUCUCUGCAGCCGCUUGCCUUGCCCCAUCUCUCCUCCGCGUCUCCGUCGAGGAGCUCGCGGCGGCACUGAAGGCGAUCAAGGUCCUUCCGUCCUCGUUCUCGCUCCCCCGAGCUCCUGAGGAUGUGCGAAACGUUCUGGCGACAAUGGGCGUCUUGACCGGAGAGGGCGAAGGACACCAGACAGCUCGACGGCUUCUUCAUGACGCGACCGAAGCGUCCCGACGUCUCCUCAACUCUCUCUCUUCUUCCCCUGCGUCUUCCUCUUCCUGUCCGUCGUCUUCGUCUUCUCAUCCGCUGUUGCAUUACGCUCCAAAAGCUGAGGAAGGAAAGGAAAGAUGCGGUCUCGCUGACGAGGGAGCGACAGGAGACGACGGCGGAGACGCUCGCGGCCUUCCUGCAAGUGAAUGGUUCACGGAUCGGCAGAGAGCACUCAUGCUUCUCGAGCUGUCUCUACACCUGCUGAUGUACGGCAAGGUCGACGCCUCUCUCACAGAGGUUAUGGAUGCCGCCUGCGAGGCAGCAAACAUUCGCUUCUCCUUCACUGGUGCAGAAGGGAUCCGCCGAAAGUAUCAACAGCGAGCCAUUGCUCAACUCGUCGUGGCAGCGACACCUAUUCGUCCUUCUUCAUCUUCUUUACCUCUUUCUUCUUCGUCUUCUUCCUCCUCUUCUUCUCCCUCUUCCGCUUCCUCUUCCCCCUCUUCCUCGUCAGCUUCUGCCUCUUCCUCUUCAGCUUCUGCCUCUUCCUCUUCAGCUUCUGCCUCUUCCUCUUCAGCUUCUGCCUCUUCCUCUUCAGCUUCUGCCUCCUCCUCCGACAGGUCACCCUCUCGCGAGGAUGGAGGAUUGCGUUCUGCGAAGGCCUCAGAAUACGACUCGGUCACCUCAAGAGAAGAAGGCGAGAAGCGCGACACAGAGGAAGAGAAGACUGAAGAGGAGACCGCCGAUGCAGAAGCAGAGGCAAAACGACGAGACUGGAGACUGCAAGAUGUUCAUGCAGAUGCAGACGUUCUGGAGAGACCGCAGCUUGUUGAUUCAGUCGACGCUCAAGCAGCGGAGCGACCUCUGGACGGUCUCGAGCAGGCUCUCCUUCUCGCGCGAGGCUUGCGAAUCUUGGAGUCCAAUCCAGCGCGAGACGAACUUGCUUUGGAGCAGCUGAACGCCGUCGCCGUGCGCUGUCUCACGCUGAAAGAAGAGGCGAAGCAGGGUGAAUCGGACCACAAAACGCAGGCGGCCUGCAGCGGAGAAGCCGCGCGAGAGGCCGCGUUGGAUGCCGCUUUCCUGGAAGAAGAAAACGCACUGGAAAUCAAGAGCGCAGACUGGCUGCUGCACUCCGCUGCUCUCUGGCUGAGGUGCAAAGCCGAGUACCACCGCUCGAAAACAGUCGAGCGCGCAUGUCUGCAACUCAACGCACUCAUCGACCAGUUCAACGAUCGCCUCCCCGCGCCGUCGCAGCGUCUCCGAUUCAUCUACCAUGUCGACUAUCCGAGUUCGUGGCAGGGCCGGCGAGAACUGGCUUUUCGGAUGAUGCACAUGGGCGCCACACUGACGGCCUACGAAAGCUUCAAAGACUUGGCCAUGUGGGAAGAAGCGGCCGAGUGUCUGUACGCUGCAGAUCGGCGCGCGGACGCAGAGGAGCUCCUGCUCGAGCGACUCAAAGUUCGCGAAAGUCCGCCUCUGUGGUGCACCUUGGGAGACUUGCGAAAGAGUGUCGAAUGCUACGAGAAGGCCUGGACUCUGUCAAACAAGCGGUGCGCCCGAGCUCAGCGGUCUCUCGGACGCCUGUACAUGGGCGAAGAGAACUUCUCAAAGGCCGCAGAAGCCUACGCGCGUGCUCUCGAGUUGAAUCCGCUCCACCGCGCGUCUUGGUUUAUUCUCGGCUGCUGCGAGAUGAGACUGGAGCGAUGGGAGGACGCAGUGCAAGCGUUCGGAAGAGUAGUUGCUCUCGAGCCUCAGGACGGAGACGCUUGGGCAAACCUGGCUGCUGUGCACUCCCAGCGAGAGGCCUGGACAGCGGCUCGGCUGUGCAUCGGAGAAGCCGCGAAAUAUCGACGAGAAAGCUGGCGGGUGUGGGAUAAUUUACUAAAAAUUUCCGUCAGGACCCGAGACAUUCCUGGCGUCAACGAAGCGCUUCGACACUACGUCGACCUCAAUGUGACAGACCGAAUUCCUAUUUGGAUCUACAGCUUUCUGACGCAUGCAGUCCUGGGUGGAGUGUCUCUGGACGCCUCGGGGAAAGGCGGCGACGUCUCUGAGCAGCACCCGCUUUCUGCUGGUGGAAACGACCAGCACGGGUCUUCGUCUGUCUCCGCGGGAGCUGCUUCUUCCUCAUCUUCCUCGUCUUCCUCUUCUGACACUGGCGAGAAGGAAUCGCUGAAUCCUGGCAAGCAUGUCUCGUUUCGCGUAGAGACCGAGUCACCGACCUCCUGCACGGCGCGCCGGAGCCCCGCAGCCUCUCCGCUCUUCAAGUCCACUCUGAAAACUCUCGAGUUUCUUGCACAAAACAUGGCGGACCAGGCUGAGCUUUGGAAAGCGUUGUCAAGCCUGCAGUCCGUCAAAGGCGACUUUCUGUCUGCUGCCGAAACGAGGCUCAAACAUUUCCGUGCACUCAGUGCUCUCCUGCGUCGCGUCAACGGUCCCAGCGAGCGCGGCGCCUUCGGUUCUCCCAAGGCUCUGGAGCAGCAGAAGGAAGCCAUCGACGCGUUGAGGGCGGCCGCGCAUCUUUUGCAAAGAGCCGUUGACGGCGACAGUGAUCCUGUCGACAUCGCACGUCGAAUGCGCGACAUCAACACAACUGCAUGCAGUUUAACUGAGGAGCUCCGGCAGCGGGCUAAUGCGUACGAUGCGAUUCUCCAGAGACCUCAAAUUGAGGCUCUGCGUGUCGAGGCUCAGGAACUUGCGACGCAGACCAGCGCCUUCCUUCAAAACUCUGCAGAGUCGACGUAACAGCGAGGAUACGACAGUUGGGGGAAAAUAAUUCAUUUUCACUGCUCACUCCUCUCCCUCUUCCCCGCCUCUCAUCCGCUUCGGUUCCUUUCGCACUCUGUUUUUGUCUGAUUCGCUGUAUCGACCUUGUUUCCUUCUUUCAGCCUUUCGGUCUAGAUGGCGUGAAAAGGCUCUUUCGAGUUCCGGGAAGGGAGUUCCAUAUUCGAUUACCUUAGCCCCCAUGGUCGACACUCAGUUGACAUUAAAGCGUAUCAUUCUAAAGUGUUUCAGCGUCUGAGUAGUCGCGUUCGCCUGCCGUUAAUAUGAGUGAUAUGAGAAAUCCCUCCAUUACGCCUGGAAUGAAACAAACGUGGAAUCACUUGACUGUCGUUUCUCACCGUGGGGCUCUGUCGACGCCGGGGCGAGGAGACAGGAAUUCUCGAGACUUUCUGAAAUGGUGCAGGAAACCGGUUAACUUGAGCUCAACCAAGAAGCAUUUGUAGAAACGCGAAACAGAACUUAGAAGAAGAUUUUGCGUAUUAACGUUCUGAGAAACACUUGCAGUCAAACAAUGGUCUGCUUUAGGCGCUAAGACACUUAGAGCAGCAUCUCAACGAAGACCACCCCGAGCUCUCAUAUUCUGAAGACUCUUCUCUGUGAAAUCCUCUUCGACAAACGACCUGUGAAGAGUCGGAGAUUCCUCUCAGCUUAGAAGGGAGAAUAAUGGAAACUGAAAAGAGAGGCGCUCUCGAUAUUGCGAUGUUGAAACGCAUUCGUAAUCCUUUUUCUUGUCGGCUGGGUCGGGACCAUGUGCGGCUGUGUUCGCCCUCGUCGCCGGUGUCUUGUGGUGCUUGCGUUUCGUUGUGCACGGCUUUCGCUAUCUCGAUUGUCUUUGGCCUUCUUCCACUUUCUUCGACUUGCAGGUGUCUGUGAAGAGUUCUGAAUUCGUUGUCGACGGCGUUUUUUCUCCUCGGUGUGCUGUUGUUUUUCCCGUG